UUAAACUUUGUCAUCAAUUGCAGACGGAGCUUUGACAGAAUCAGUGAGAGGAGCCACAGACUCACAAGUGAGCAACCUCUGGGCAGCAGAAACUGGAGCCAUGGCUCUUACUGUUAGUGAGAUUGUAUGCAAUGCAGGACUUGGCAGCAUGGAGCUUUUGGAUCUGCUCUUUGAUCAUCAGCAUGGGAUUCUAAGGAACGAGGGCUUUCAAGACCCUGCACCCACCGGUCCAGGAGAAUGGCCCAUUGCAGAGCAGAAUCUGCUGACUGAACAGGACAGCAACGAGCUCCUUAACACCCUACUGUGCCCCGGAGAGUCUGUCUCCGGCUCCCCCUUGUGGUCUCCUGCCACCAGUGACAGUGGCAUCUCCGAAGAGCCAAGCUCAGAUCAGCCAGACAGCCCACAGCAAAGCCAGGGACCCGACAGCCCCUACCUCUACCAUCCUCCGUCCUACGUCAAGUCUACCUUUUCUCACACUGCCUCCAUGAAUCCGGAACAAGUGAUGGAGCCUCAGGACCUGGAUGUGUCCAUCGAUUUGGAUGGCUGGGAAUCAGGAUUUUACCAAGAAAAAGCUCAGGACGUGUAUCAACAGCCUGGAUCUGGAAUGUUCCCCCUGACGGUGAAGGAUCUGUUGCUCAAUAGCAUCUCAGACUUGCAGCCUGUGCAGCAAACCCAGCAGCCAUGUCAAGAGUUGGUCCUUAAUGAAGAUGAAAAGAAGCUUUUGGCUAAAGAAGGCAUCUCUCUGCCGAGCCAGCUGCCACUGACCAAGUACGAAGAACGCAUUCUGAAGAAGAUUCGUCGGAAGAUACGGAAUAAACAGUCCGCCCAGGAGAGCCGAAAAAAGAAAAAGGAGUACAUCGACGGGCUGGAGAGCAGAAUGGCAGCUUGCAAUGCCCAAAACCAAGAACUGCAGAGGAAGGUGUUUCAGCUGGAGAAGCACAACAUGUCUCUGGUGGAGCAGCUCAGGAAGCUGCAGGCACUCGUCAUGAACGGCUCCAAGGCGGCGCAGACUGGCACAUGCAUCAUGGUCCUGGUCCUGUCCUUCUCCCUCAUCUUCCCCAGCCUGCACACCUUCUCAGAGGGCAAAGUGGCUUAUGAAGACACAGACUUCCUGCCCGUCCGAGUGCAGUCCCGCUCACUCCAUGAUGUUGCCUUCUCCCGCUUUGCUGUGGUGCAUGAGAAGCAGCCUGCUGCCGCCGCCGCCGCCACCCCAGAUGCCUUCACUGCCCUCCCUGAGUAUUCUGGAGAAGAAGGUGCCAAGUCCGUGAAGGUGACGUCCCUCCUCAACGAGCUCCUAUCGAGCCGACGACUGGGAGGGCGAGAGUCCAACCCUGCUCAGAACCUCAGCCAUGAUGACCUCAACCUGGAGGCUGCCCACCACCUCCAACCUGACCCCAUCUCAGGCGGCGGAGUGACAGUCCUGACGUGGCCUGAGAGCCACGGGGCAGACCAGCUUCACCCGCUUCACGCAGAUGAGAUGUGAGAGCAGAGCGGGGAUGGACUUGGGAAGACCUGAGGACCCCGAUGAUCCUGGACCUCAACGGAGAGACUGGCCUUGUGGGGUCAGUCCAGUAGGUCUGUAAAUGUGGACAAGGCUGACCACGAAGACCACAGUGCAGAAUGAGCCCUCGUGAAAAGUGUAACAAAAAUUAGUGAGAGCCGCCCUGCCAUCAUGGACUACAGAGACACUCAGCACCGGGCACAGCUGGCAGCGCUUUUAGUUUACCAAUCGUGUGUAGAGUUGUGACAAACCUAGAAACGCCAGCAGACGCGCACUUCCAUGUACCAAUCUGUGUUGUAUCCUCAAGAUACGCAUCAAGGGUAAUAUUUAAAUUGAAUAAACGGUGAAAGAUGAAAGGGACGAGUCCGAUCU